UCUACCUGGCCAAAGUUUGGUCGGGUGUUCGGUUCGUUUGUUCUCUUUGAUUUCCAGUCCGUUGGCUUUUCGAUUGGUGUAGUCCGGCAGCCUUGUUUGUUUUGUCGAGUGCAGGGUUGCAAGAGAAUUGUUAUUCGGUCCUUAAAGAAUUUAGUGGUUGUACUUUGUGUACAAGGGUGCUUGAAGGAGAUUUUUGUGAGGGGUUCGGUGAAAUGGCUAUGGAGGAAGAAGAGGAUAGGGGACUGUUUUUUUACAGCGAUGUUGUUGGAGGAGACGAAGCGAUGGCGGUGCCACGUUUCUUGCCGUUGGCGAGCGUGGUGACAGAGAAAUCUAUUCGUCCCUUUGCAUUUCGGGCAACCAUGGCAAUGGUUUGAGACCGGUCAAAGGUGUAUCGAUCGAUGAAAUUGGCGACUCAAAAUUUCUGUUACAGUUCUACCAUGAAGGGGAUAUCAAUCGGGUACUUCGAGAUGAACCUUGGACCUUUGAACAAAAUUUUGUGGUAAUAAGGCGUUUAGGGCAGGUGGAUAGACCACUUGAGGUGGCUUUGGAUAGCGCUGAUUUUUGGGUUCAGAUACAUAACCUACCUCUAGGCUUUAUGACUGAAAAAGUUGCAUGUGGUAUCAGAAACACAAUUGGUUCGUUCAUUGCAGUUGAUGAGCGCACGCUAGGAGGUGUUUGGAGAUCCAUCUUGCGAAUUCGGGUGACCAUGAAUAUCAAGAAAGCAAUAGUUCGCCGAUUACAUAUAAGGAAGGAGGGGGUAACUGGUUUUGGGCAGAGUUUAAAUAUGAGCGUCUUUCAAAGUUCUGCUUCAUUUGUGGAAUUUUGGGACAUAUUGAUCGUCUUUGUCCAUCCGAUACUCACUCCGGAUCUUGGAUAAGAGAGAGGCCAUAUGGGGCUUGGAUGCGUGCUUAUAUGAGGAGAAGAGGAGUGCAUCGGGGCAACAAGCGGUUGAAUCCUUAGUGGAAGUGGAACCAGCUCAUGUAAGGAAGAGAUUGAGAAUGUUGUGGAAAAUAACAAUGCGGGUUUUGAGGAGACACACAGUUAUAUCAGGGAAGGAUUGCUACCUAAAGGAGAAGGCGUAGCUGAUUUCCAAGAGGAAGAACCCUGGAAGCGCAAAGUGAUAAUGCCGAAGAUCACAAAGGAUACCCAAGCUAGGAUGGCGGCAUAUGAAGAAGUUUCAAAAAAUGGGCAGGUAGCGGUGCCAGAGGGAUGGCACUGCCUGUCAUAUUUAAUGAAACCCUUGCAGAUGAAAAGAGUUAGAUGGUUAAGAAUGAGGAAAAACUUGCGAGUAGUGAAGACGUGGUGGUUGACUCUGUCAAGCCAAUGACGGGGGACCUCUGUGUCAGCGAUGAUGGGCCUUUGGCGGGGGCUGGACGAACCGCACUUUCCUUGUCAGUGGCUGGAAAAAUUGGAUCUCGUUAUUCUUAUUUUUGCUCUUUUUCCCAGAACUCUUUAGUUACUUUUAUUAUUCAUUCUAGUAGCAGGUGCAGCAUUGCUGUUAGUAGAGUCUAUCAUCUUGUGGGGUUAGCGAGUUGGGUCGCAUUUCAGCGAUCUUCCAGCUCUAUGUCUCAUCUCAGUGUAGUGUAGCCUUUAACGUGGCGGUUUUGUAUCUGAUUCUCGAUUUUAAUAUGAAUUAAGUUAUCUAUUUUUUUUAAAAAA